GAGAGCACGAUGACGUCAAAGAGCUCAUAGAACAAACUCUACAGCUCAAAAGAAGAAAGGAUGGACCGGUUGUAGAUCCUGCUUUGUACUCUGACGUAUUGGCUGUCCACUUUUGAGGAGAACGCAGGAUGCCCUACCACUGCGUGGCUUAUGGAUGCGGCAAAACUGCGGAAGAUGGUGUGAAGCUGUUUAGGUUCCCCAAGGACCCUGACGAGUUUCGCAAAUGGGAGAAGCAGGUCCAGCGCACCCGCAGCCAGUGGGUCGCCACACCUAACUCUCACCUCUGCAGCGAGCAUUUUGGCAAGGAUUACUUUGAGCCCAGACCACCCACAGGAGCUCUGACUCUGAAGCCUGGAGCUGUUCCUACUGUGUUCAUCCGUCCACACUGUUCCUCCUGCAGUGGAGUGGGCUGCAGGAACUGCCUGCCUGCUAUCCAACGUCGAGGCAUUACUGCUGAACCAGAUCAUACCACAAGUGCAGAAUAUAAUGAAAGUGCCAUACAGUUGGAUGAUGCCGAUGGAGGAGGUGACAAAGAACAUCUGACAGGAGAAGGGAUGAAGCGAGGGGAAAAAAACAAAGAAGAAAGACCAGGUGAGGCGUCAUUGGACUCUAGUAGCCCCGAUUUUGUGCCUUCUGUGUUUGUGUACACAAAACAAAGCCAGAACCCCGAUGCAAAGAUGGACAGGUACCAUAGGAAAAGGAGGAGAGAGAGACCUAACAGACCUAACACUGCAGCAAAUCCUCCGGUUCCAUCUGAAACUCCAGAACUCUGUUCUGUGGUUUGUGAGAUGUGUGGCACCACCGGCAGUAUUAGCACCUUCUUUUCAAAGACCAAGCGUUUCUGCAGUAUAUCCUGUUCACGCUCUUAUUCAUCAAACUCCAAGAAGUCCUCCAUACUAGCACGACUGCAGGGAAGGCCCCCCUCAAAAAAAGCCACAGUGCUGAACAAGGUGAACAAACCCCCUCCAGCCCCAACAGGACUGAACGCAUCGGCUGCAGGUUUUGAAUGGGGCGCCUACCUGGAGAAGGGAACCUCUCUGGCUGCAUCAGUGUCCUGCUUCAGACAUGUUCCCCUCUGUGCCCAGUGGGAUGACAUCACUCUGGGUAUGAAGGUGGAGGUCCUGAAUACAAACGCUGUACUGCCGAGUAAAGUGUACUGGAUUGCUACUGUCAUCCAGAUUGCAGGAUACAAAGCCCUGUUGAGAUAUGAAGGCUUUGAACACGACCACAGCCGAGAUUUUUGGUGCAGCCUCGUUUCGGGGGACAUGAACCCGAUCGGAUGGUGCGCCAUGACGAGCAAGCUGCUGGUGCCACCACAAGAUGUGAAGCAGAACAUCCCAGAUUGGAAAGAGUAUUUGAUGUCAAAGCUUGUGGGGGCCAACACUCUACCUGUUGACUUCUACCUGAAGUUGGCAGAGAGCAUGAGGAACUCUUUCAAAACGGGUAUGCGUGUGGAAGUAGUGGACCCCAAACAUGUGAGUCGGACCCGCCUGGCCAUCAUAGAAUCCAUUACUGGUGGUCGUCUGCGGCUGGUGUACGAGGACCAAAGUGACGCCAACGAAAAUACACUCUCUGAUUUCUGGUGCCACAUGUGGAGUCCCCUCCUGCACCCAAUAGGCUGGUCCAGAAAAGUGGGUCAUGCCUUUAGAGCCCCUGCAAACAGUGUGGAAGCUGCUGCCAGCGUUUGGAGGGGUAACUGCGAUAGCUCAUUCCUGCUCUUUAAGAAGCCGAGGUUUGUUUACAUGGAAGGAGGUUUCUUUGAGGAAGGAAUGAAGAUGGAGGCCAUCGACCAUCUUAACUUGGGAAGCAUCUGUGUGGCCACUGUACACAAGGUGAUGUUAGAUGGCUACCUGAUGGUGGGUAUCGAUGGCACCAUAUCAAACAAGGGCUCUGAUUGGUUUUGUUACCACGCCUCGUCUCAUGCCAUCCUUCCCGUAGACUUCUGUAAAAAGAACAACAUACCUCUCACGGUACCUCAAGGCUAUGACUCUCAGACCUUCAACUGGGACAAGUACCUGAAGAAGACCAACGCUAAAGCUGCACCGGCACGACUGUUUAACACCGACUACCCGGGUCACGGCUUCUCCCCCAACAUGAAGCUGGAGGCGGUGGACUUGAUGGAGCCGCGUCUGGUGUGCGUGGCCACCGUGAAGCGCUACGUGGGCCGCCUGCUGCUUAUCCACUUCGACGGCUGGGAGGAUGAGUUCGACCAGUGGAUCGACCACCAGUCCCCAGACAUCUACCCCGUCGGCUGGUGCGACCUCAUGCGCUACCAGCUCCAGCCACCUCCGGGACUCGUUGAACUGGAAAACCAGGCAGCACAGAACAAGAAACACAAGGCCCUUCCAUAUGGGAAAAGGAGAAAAAAAUAUGCAAAGAAGAGGCUCUCUCAGGACCAAGUUAAAGAUGAUGUUGGUAAGCAGCCUGAGGCAAGUGGCCCUGAUGGUCCUCCAGUGCUUGAAGACCACAUUCUUCCUCCAAAAGUGCCUCUCAUCCAGCCCAAGACUGAGCCAGAGGAGCAGGAGAUUUUUGCAGUGCAGGUGAAAGUGGAAGAGGUGGAGAUGGAGACCCCCAUUGAAGCUCCAGACAACCCUCAACAAGUCCCUCUUGGUAUAAUCAAACAGGAAGAGGGAGGGAAGCAGAGGAAGUCAGAACUACGUCACUCACCAGAGCAGAGCAGCAUAGAAAACGUAGCACAUGCAAAGGUAAAGCCAAGUGAACCGGCAGAAGAAAGAAGUGAAGAGUUUGAAUCAUUGGACGAGAGCUUUACUGGUGACAGCAACACGGAGCAGAGCGAAAACAAGCUGAGCCAAGGAGAUGACAGUGCCAUGGAUGAAAUUUCAGAGAGCAACACAGAGCAGGACACAACAGGAGAGGCUGCAGGCAUGUCUGAUUAAAGAAUGAAGAGAACAACUGCGGGGAAAGGUGGAAGAGUAAAGAGAUUGGGCUGACAGCGAUGGAGUAAAUGUGGAUCUGGAAAAAAAUGACAGAAAGAAAAUAACGAAAAAAGUACAACAUCAGUUGGGAUCAAAGUUAUGGUCCUUAAGAUAUCAGUUGUGGUUCAUUCGGUGGCAUGUGUUAACAGAAAGUGGGGGUCCCAAAAUUUUUGGGGCAAGAAAACUACUGUUUAAGAAAGAAGUCAGUCAAUAAUAAUUUAAAAAACGCAAUCUGAUUUCAUGCAGCAUACAGUGAUUGCUUCACAAUAAAAGCCAACGUGUGUUUCGCUAGUUGAACAUUUUUAAUGUGAACUAGCAGCAGUAAGAAAUGGAGGGUUUGCAUCAGCAUUAACCUAAUGCAGCUCUGAUACAGCUGUGUGCGUCUGAAAAGUAAACCGUAAGGUUGUCAUCAGUGAGAUGAAAUUACAGUUACAUGUAUUACAUGCACAUUAUUCCUUUGAAUCACUUGGGCUUAAAAAGGCUGGUUUGAAUCCAGAGCAGGAAUGGCAGACUCUGACACUACCAAUAAAAAGUACUAUAUAGGGGAGUAAUUCUACACCGUAGAUCUGUUGAAUAGCUAUUCGCCCGUUAUGUAACUACCUCGAUUUCUCCAUGUUGACAAGUUCCACUACACAAUGACAUUUGUACACAAUUGAACUUCUUUUGCUUUAGUUGAGUUUAACUGGACUUAUUAUCACAUCAAACCUGUAAAUAUGACUUCUGGGUUGGCAUAGCAGACAAAUGUUUGUUGUAACAUUUUAUUUUUGUCCUGUUUUUUUUAUCCAGAUAUCUUCUUUUUUUGUAAAUAUGAAAUCACUGAUAAAAAAAUACAACACUGUUCCUCAACUUACUGAUUUGAAUGUUGUCUCAAGGUAUUUAGUUCAGUACACUCUGCGGGUAAAGGAGUAGUGGUUAAGAAUAACUAGCAUAAAGUCAAAAUCUGCAUCUAUUUUGAGCAAGUAAC